AUGGUGUUCAGUGGUGCCUAUUUCCAAGUACACGUAAAUAUGGACAGGAUUGAACAAUUGAAUGUUGUUAGCUGCCUUGAGUGCUAUUCCGUAGUGGAAAGGUAGGGUAUAAAUUAUUUUAAUCCAUAAAUAAAGUACACAGGGGGGAAAUGUUAACAAUGGAGCCAAAAAGCUGUGAAAUGUAAGGGCUUAUCCAUCUUUGAGCAUCAUUUAGUUGUUAAUCCACUUUUCCACCCGUUGAAUGGCACUGAAGUAGUCCACACCCACUUGUAUUUCAGUUUGUAUAUGGGGAAGAACAUUGGUCUUUCCUAUUCAUAUCAAUAGGUGUUGCCUUUUGUGUUUGUCCUUGUCAGGGAAAAAGGUGGGGCCAGUUUAAGUUUGUUUAAGUUUGUGGGUUAACUUUUCCAUACAUUUCCCAUACAUUUUUGUACUAGUGAUCUAUAUUCACUCUUGAUAGGUCUUUCCAGUAGCUAGCUAUGAUGCCUCUAGCUGCUUAGAGUGACUUUGAGUUCCUUGUCAUGUGAAUGUGCAUCCUUGUCUUGGAAUGUAUUUAAUAGGGCUAAUUCUGGAGUUGCUUCUACUACUUGUUUUGUUAUUUUGCAGAUUUACUGCAGCACUGAUUAAAUUUGGGGGCAUUCCCACCACAUAUGGAGGUAUGUGCCAGUGGAGCUGCAGCCUCUUCAGCAUUUUUCCUGGGUGACAUCAUGCUUUCUUGACCUCUAUAACUUAUGUUUUUCAUACACACACUUGAAACUGUGAUGUAAAUAACAGCCACUUGCAUGGAAGAAAAGUUUGUGUGUGUGCAUACACAGUCUUGUUUUGAGGAAAUAAGACUUGAUGCUGCAAAGAAUUAAGAUGAUAUAAAUAGGCAGAAAUUAGGAAGGAAGAAGACAUGAGAAAGGAUGCAAUCAUGGAGGGAGGAUUUGGAGUGAUGAGAGGAAGACAGAGCAGAUUUUAAAUGAAUGAGGUAUUAGCUGGAGGGAGACUUUUCUUUAGAGGAGGCAGAUGAAGGGGGAAGAGGAAAGGAGGGAGGAUGUGGGCUGGGGGGAGUCAAGAAAAUGGAUGGAUAGCAAUGAUUCCAAACAAUGGAGGAGAAAACCGGAAAAGAAUAUGCCAAUGGAAAGGAGGUCAGAUGAGGGGCCAGAUUGUUAGUCACAUCUCUGAACUGUGGUGAAUGUGUGUGUGCUUAUCAGCAUCUUGCACUGUUCCCUAAAGUGAUGCCUCCUACUGCUGCUCCUCCUACUACCUCUCCUGGCUGGUACUGAGCCAGCCCAACAGCUGAGUGACAGCAAACUGGUCAGAGCUUACCUCCUUCAGCUGGACUAGAAGGAACCAGGGCAGAACUGAUACAGUAGUCUAGAAGCACUGAUAGUGCAGAGACUCUUGACACCAUCAAGUUUUCACCACAACACACACGUAACUGGCUGUAAAGUAACAUAACAUUGUAUGUACAGUGGUACCUUGGGUUAAGUACUUAAUUCGUUCCGGAGGUCCGUUCUUAACCUGAAACUGUUCUUAACCUGAAGCACCACUUUAGCUAAUGGGGCCUCCUGCUGCUGCUGCGCUGCCGGACAGAAUUUCUGUGCUCAUCCUGAAGCAAAGUUCUUAAUCUGAGGUACUAUUUCUGGGUUAGUGGAGUCUGUAACCUGAAGCGUAUGUAAUCUGAAGCGUAUGUAACCCGAGGUACCACUGUAAUAAAACUGUGAUUUAAUCGUCAUAUCAAAAAAAUUGCAAAUCACAGUUCCUGACAGCACUAACAUAUCAUAUUACUAUUAACCUUCUACAUGUAUUAUUGUCGUGAAGUCCAAAGAUUGUCAAGUCAAGCAUUGGCAACAGGAACUGUACGUUGUAAUAAUUGAACGUGACAAUCUUUGGACUUGACAAUCCUUGGACUUUACGAUAAUAAUACAUAUAGAAGGUUAAUAGUAAUAUGAUAUGUUAUUGCCAUCAGGAACUGUGCUUUGCAAUAUUUUUAUAUGACGAUUAAAUCACAGUUUUAUUACAUAUAAUGCUGUUACUUUACAGCCAGUUACGUCUGUGUUGUGGUGUUCUAAACAUGAUUUACGUAAUGAGGCAAUUGUGGUGUGUGUUGACCAUCAAGUUUUCAGCGAGAUCUAAGUUGCUCACUGAAAGCAGAAACCUAACGUAAUCCAGUGAAAAAAGAUACCUCCUCUGACAAUGUGUGUAGCCAGUGCUUUUUUUCUGGGGGGAUGCAGUGGUACGCAUACCCCUAAACCCCUAUGCCCCUAAAUGUAUACCCCUAGGCAUACCCCUGUGAAUCUAAGUUUGGCCUCAUUGAGGGGCAGUAUUUCAAUAUGAGUAGAAAAAAGAGAGUACCUCUAAACAUUUUUUAAAAAGAAAAAAAGCACUGUGUGUAGCCCUGGGGAAAUCAGCCUUGGCCAUAAUUCCACAUUAGCAUUCUGUCAUGCAAGUGUGGUCUCCUCCUUUAUCCAUGCAUCAAAAUGUGGUUUUUUUCUGAGCACACACUCUGUUUUGAACUGAAGAGGAAGAGGAAGCAAGUGGGGGAAGGGACUGCUGCAAGUGAGAGGGAACUGAGGCUGGGUGAGGUGAAUCAGUGGCAGAAGUUGUGGGAUGUAAACACAGGAGCAGUCAAUGACAACAUUCCUAGAGUGUACAUGUUAGAACAUGGGGAGGGAUGUCUGUCCAGCAAGCAGGUAAACUUCCUGGGGACGGACUUCCUCCGCAUGUGACCAGAGGUGGGUGUGGCCUCACCUGUGCAGGUAAUGACAAAAGCACAGGGCAGGCAGCCAUCUCUCUCUGCCAUUUUCCUUCGAUGAGGAAGCAUCUAAAGAUGCUCUCUUGGCUCUCAGCCAAGAGAGGAGGAAAGGACUAUCUUGCUAUGAUAGAUUCUGAAUGUAUAUAACCUUUUUUAAGCUGUCUGCCUUCUGGGAUCAUAUUGUGAACAGAACGUGAGUACACUCUUUUAUACUUUUAUAAAGACUGUGUUGUAUCUUGUAUUUUAAGAGGGAACAAAAGGGGAAAUUACCAGAGUAAUUAUUAUAGAGGUUCUAGCGAACCUGUGCACACGUUACCGUUGCGAACUUAAAGGGGAAUGUUUAUAAACUCUGCUGAUAUUUUGGGAACUUGUUAGCACAAGUUGGAUAAGGAUAUAAUUAGUCAAUAUAUCCUCUCCUGCACCCCAGAACAUUCCCACAGAAGUGAGGGAGAGAGGCAAGUCAAGGGGAGGAGGGAUAUGCAGCAGUGGUAACUGAGCCAACUUUCUUUUAACUACUCUGCAGCUCAGUCAUGGGCGUAGCUGAGGGGAGGCGGGGGGCAGCUGCCCCCCCUAAAUAAAUCAAAAUCAAUACAAAUCUGAGGUUCUGAUCCCCCCUAACAAAAGCCUCCCCUCACCACAAAAAUCCUGGCUACACCUUGAUCUAGGUUAAGCACUGAGGUUAAAGGGGACAUAAUCAAGGUCUCAAAGAUUGAAGCAAGGAUGCCUUGGGCCUCCAUCAGAUCCACAACUAGCAUGACUUUCCAGUGGUGACCAAAGAGAGUUUUAAUGCAACCCUUCUAUUUCUCUGUAUCUAGUUUUUCCAGGAAGUAAGCAUUUAACCCACAGGCAAGGGACUAUAUUAUUGGCAACUGUUGACCCAAACAGAAAGCAAGCCAGGUUAAACAGACUUGCAGAGCCAGAAAGCAUAUUUGUGUAAUGUAAUGUCCUGUAACUCUUAAAGCUCACAUUCAUUUCUGAAAUUCUCCUGCAUAAUUAAUGAUAGAUGCAUUACAGGAAAUUCCAGUGCUUAAAGAACUGGCUCACUUUCUUUAACUUGAUGGAAUUUCUCUAGACAAGUUUUUAGGGCACAAUCCUUUAAUCAGGAUGUGCCGGCAGAGGACCUGCAGGCCAUAUGGCAGAAGCUCCCUGCUAUGCUGGCAAAGUUGGCAUUACUAAUGCUGGCACAAGAACUAUCCUUGUGUGUCUGUGUCACCAACACAACCGUGCCAGUGUAGCAACCAAAAUGGGACACAGAUGUGUACAGGACAUAGAAGGAGCAGACUGAUGCUAAAUGCUAUACACUUCAGACCCCAUCCAUGUCCUUAACAACAUUAAGAUGUCUAUAGAGCGGGCAUAAGGAAAAGUUCACCUAUUGAGCUCAGUGGUGAGGGGGGAAACAGCAAAAUGAAAAUCUCUUACUGCUUUGCCCACAAAACAAAACAACUUAUAAAAUUUGGUAUAGCUCUGUACCCAGUCAGAGUACACCAACACCUGGAUAUAAAGAGACACAUGUCAGGCGGUAAGAUGUGCUACCUGGGGCUAUAAUGACUCUGGCCUCAUGUCACACUUAAAACACACAAGGGGGUUCUUUGCUGAAGGAGAAUUGUGGAGAAGGGCCCUCUGCCUUCAGCACACACCUGCACCAGACAUUUAAAGCACUGUCAUACAAUUUGUUAUAUCAUAGUCUAAAGUAUCCUUGGAACUGCAGUUUGUUUGGGGUGCUGAAAAUUGUUGGGAGAUCCCCUUCCCUUCACAGUACUAUGUUUCCCAGAAUGAAUUAGCAAUUAAUCCCUCAUGGUCUGUCUGGUGACAUCAGGGGAUUGAUAGUGGGUGGAAAUGGUUCCCCACCCCAGGUUUAGUAUUACAAUACAAGCUACAGCAAGCCUUGGACUCCCUCCCACCUCCUUCUCUGAUGCAGCCAGAAGCCACUGGUAGCACACAUCAGAGUGUCCCAAAAUACACCAGUCAUUGUGUUGCCUUCAGCAACCAAGUGACCACAACUUAGAAGCAUAAAGCAUAAACUAGAAGUAGGGCCAUCACAAUUUUUUAGAUCAACUUUAACAGACAGAAGCUUUCCAUAUCUCCCAUCUCCAUGCUAUUAAAAAAUUGUCCCUGUUGUCUUUACCCCUAUCAUGCAGUUGUACAUAAAAAGGAGCCCUGAAAAAAUAAAGGCAUGACUACCAUCCCAAGAAAACAUUGCAGUAAAGGCUAAAAGCAUAAGCCAGGGACGUGGAUGCAACUCCUUGUAGGUGACCUAUGGGGGAGAGGGAGAAACAUGGGUUGCAUGACAGUUAUGGUCCAGACCAAUGCAAAAGUGGGGGGGGGCAUCUCUCAUAAUGACCCCCCACCUGCACAUCCACACACAGACGUUCAUGCACACAGAAGCAGCUGGCACAGUGGGGUGCUUCUGCGGUCACCCUCCCAACACCAGCAUGACUGCUGCUAACCUGGACAGCGAGUGGGUGCUGCUGCAUGGGUGUGCUGGCAAGAGUGCCCGGGUGGCUCCCCUGGGGUGCCACCCUGACCUUGCCACCACCCUGUCCCACCCCUGUAAGUAGCAGCAACACUGGUGCCAGGAUGGCAACUGUGCGGCACUGCCCCAGUGAUCCUGCAUACACAUUUUCUCACAUAUACAGAAUUGCACAACUCUGGAUCCAAGCUAUCCUGUUUUUCCUUGCCAAAUUAGAUGGUUAAAUAGAUUUUCCUGCCACCCUUUAGACAGGAAAAGUUCUCCACAAAAUAUUUUUGUGCAGCAGUGGCCAAACCAACUCAAGCUGCAUCCUGAUACUGAAAAAUUCUGGGAAGUGUUUCACAUAAAGCAUUUCCAGUAUGAUCUUCACUUGGAAUGAUCUCAGUAGGCUGGGGAAGCUUUCACUAUCAUUAUGUCUGUGAGAAACAUACCUACAGUAGGUCAAUUGGUUCAGGUCACUGAACUAAAAGUAAAGGUAUUUUAUUCAUGAACUCUGUGCAUACUAAACAUUUCUCAACUGUUCAGCUUCCCAGGGCAUUUUGUAUGGUACAGGAAGCUAAGCUUGAGGUGCUCUUGGACUACAAUUCCCAUCAUCCCUGCUAUUGGCUCUGCUGCCUGGGGCUGAUGGUAGAUAGAGUUCAACAGCAUCUGGAGGGUUCCCUGCUGUACAGUGAUGGUGCUAUUACAAUAAGAGCAAAUACUGGUAGUUUAUGGACUUCUUUUUUUAUCACUAUUGGCUGCAGCUGAAUCCUGAGAAUUGAUGUGACCUGGGAUAGCACUCCUGCCAACAGACCAGGUUCAUAGCUUGCUGGCACUCCUUGCUUUCAAAUUUCAGUGGUGCCCUGUGUGAUGCCAAAAUUAGGCAAUCCCUGCCUCUUGUCUUCUGUUCCAACUCAUUGUUGUGGCACCCCCUGCGGUGCCCUCUUGGCCCAGUGCAGGAGAACCAGUUGUGCUCUCCUAAAUCUGCCUCUACUUCUUGAUUCAAGUGUCUUAGUGGCAAGAACUACCUUUGCCUGCCUCCUGCUGGUUCACCAGCUACAGUUGUUCCUGGACUGGGGCAGCUUCACCUCAGUUACUCAAGCGCUAAUAACCUCCUGUUUAGAUUACUGCAACAUAUCGUAUGUGGAGCUACCCUUGAAGACUGUCCAGAAGCUGCAGAAUACUGACGCUUGGCUGGUAUCUGGAGUGGAGAGAGGAGAUCAUAUUACUCUGAUCAUCACAUCUCUGCAAUGGUUGUCUGUGAACUACUGGACCCGAUUCAAAGUAUUGGUCCUAUUGUGCCCCUAAUGACUUUGAGCCCAGGUAGCUGAAGGAGCACCUUCUCCAGUAUUGCCCCACCUUCAGCAGAGGCUGAAGGUGGGGCAAUGCUGUUAGGAUGAAAGGGGCAGCAUGCCAACAACCUUAGCCAGCCUCUACCUGCCAGCCUUCUUACAACCAGUCGGUGGGCGGCUCUGCCUGUGCUUCCAACUGCCUGCCCAAUGGGCACCAACCACCAGUGCCCACCUAACCACUAAGAUCAACCAGAGAUGCCCUUCUUGUUGCCCCAACAGUAGCGUUGCUAGCCAGGUGGCAACACAAGGCGCAGCACAGGUGGAAGGAGCCUCCAGAUUGUGCCCUCUCUUCGGCCUGACAUUGUUCUCCCCCUGCAAUGGCCACUUUGAGGCACAAGGUAAAAGCCGCUCCAUUUGCCCAGCAGGCAUUUGCGAUUUAAUGCACAGCUGGCGGAAUCUAUUGUUGCUCUUUUAUUUCGGGUGUUGUUGUUUAAGGCUUCGUUCUAACGGUAUUUCCGUGUUCGCUGCGACGGUGUUGUCAGCCGCGAUAGAAGUAAGAGGAAAUGCUGCCCCCUUGGAGGCGCUCGGUCGGCAAGUGCGCGCAGGAUUGCCGCCCCGCUUCGGCGCAAGGCGGCCACGCGCGGGGUUCCCGGCGGCGGCAGGUAGCUGGGCGGGAGCGGCGGCGCGCCUGGAGGGUUCCGCGGCCAGGAGCGCGCGCAAGGCAGCUCUCUGGGCUCCUGGGCGGGGAGGGGCUUUCAGGCCCGGGGAGGGGGAAGCUGGUGGCGGAGGGAGGCGCCUCCGAGCCAGAAGCGAGAGCCAGAGGCGAGGUGCAGCGGGGAGCCGGGCGCCUCGCCCUCCUGGCUCUGGGCUGGCGUCUCCCGAGGAUGCGCGCCACUCGCGGCCGGCUGACUUCGGGGAGGGCUUGCUACCUUUGCCGCGCAACUCGUGUUCUCCUCGCGGGGCAGCUCGCGCUUCCGCCUCCGCACAGAAAGGAAACGAAUCGGACUUGAACGUGCGCCUUCUCCUCCAGGCGCCGCCAGGGAAUGAGCCGCGCGGAACAAGGUGGGCGCGCAGCGGGUUGCGCUAGGCGGGCGAGGGAGGUGCGAUCCUCAGCUCUUUUGCAUCUUCUUGCUUGCUGCACCCGAGCUUCACGUGUUCGGGGGGGAGGGAUCUGAUUCAGGCAUUCAGUUCUAAAAAGCUCUUCCACACGUUCAUGAUUAUCAGUGGAAAGGUUAUACAGGUAAGACGGUGCGUUCCAGACAAGCUUCGCUUCUGCCUUUGGGCUUGAAGCGGGCGGAGGGGAAGCCGCUUUCAUGGAGGAAUUCCUGCUAAAAAGAAAAGGGAACUGGGUGCAAAUGGUGUGCUCGGAAAUGGCUGUGAGGCUUUGUUAAACGUUAACUCCUUGCCAGUAUCUCUUAGAACUAGAGUCGUUAUCAGCUGGCAAAGGAACACUGGGGAGACAAGUGGCUCCUUUGAAAGAGAAAAGUUUCAAAAAUGGAUUUCUGGUUUAACAGCAGGAUGUCUUUCCCGCUCCCAAAUAUUGUAAUUGUUUUGCUUGAGUUCAUAUAUGGGUUGUUUGAUGUUCCUGCCGGCAUAAUUUCAGUUCAGGCCCUACAUUGCUGAAUGAUUUCUGAAGAGGUAUCAACAAGGCAGUCAGCUUUAGCAACUCACAGUGCAACCCUAGCCAAUUAAGUCCUGUUGAAUUCAGUGGGACCUGCACUCAGGUAUGUAGGGUUAGGAUUGCUGCCUAACAGGUUUAUCAUAACAUCAACUUUCAUGGACUAGGGGCCACUUUGUGAGAUGCAUGAUGUAUGUAUUGUCUGAAGUCAGCAAGAAUAUAUAUGCACAUGGCUGUAGGUCUACCAUCCUCAUAUUGUGAGGUCUGAAGAAAUUACUGUGUAAAAAAGUAAACUGACAAUUAACAUUGAAAUUUAAAUAUAUGUAAAAUAAGACCAGUGAGCAUUCACACAGCAUAUUGAUGCCUUUACCUUGGUCAGCUAAUUAACACAUGUUAAUGAGAACUAUUCACACCACAGGUGAUACCAUAAUUUUGUCCUUCAAUGCUGGAAAAUCUCUCUUUUGAGGUUAUUUGCAUGAAAAACAGCCUCUUAAAACCAGUGUACUGGGAGGUUGAAAUGUUUCCCCUCAGGCCUCUAAAUAUGGUUCUAAGCCAUGGGUAGGCAAACUAAGCCCGGGGGCCGAAUCCCGGCCAAUCGCCUUCUAAAUCCAGCCCGCAGACGGUCCAGGAAUCAGCGUGUUUUUACAUGAGUAGAAUGUGCCCUUUUAUUUAAAAUGCCCCUCUGGGUUAUUUGUGGGGCGUGCCUGGUGUUUUUACAUGAGUAGAAUGUGUGAUUUUUUUUAAAAAAAAUGCAUCUCUGGGUUAUUUGUGGGGCAUAGGAAUUCGUUCUCCCCCCCCCAAAAAAAUAUAGCCCAGCCCCCCAGGGACAGUGGACCUGCUGAAACCUGCUGAAAAAGUUUGCUGACCCCUGAUCUAAGCCUAUGUCAGGUUUGGAUUUGUUUUGUUCUUUGCUUGGCAUCUGCUUUGUUUGCCCUGUGUAGAAUGCUGUGGGGCAGGGGUGGGCAAUCUUAAGCCCAGGGACCAAAUAUACUCCAUCCACCCAGCCUCUCUGUCCAGCCCUCUGGACUUUCUCCAGCCCCUGUCUCCUCAGACCUCACGCUUCACUGGCCCUGCUGUGUGACCUUUUCAAGGACUCUUUCCUAGCUGAAAUGUCACCUUGAACUGUGAUGUUAUCUGGAUGAAACCUGGAGAGAUAAUGUGGGGGUUUUUUGGGGUGUGUAUGCGUAUGUAGAAACUUUUCACCUGCACAUGCCUGGAAUAUAGCCUCCUGUACAAAAGGUAGAGUUGCAUCACUUGCUCCACACACUUCUUUUUGCCUGUGAUUCCCCACUGGCAUGUAGAAUAAAAUGCGGGGGGAGAGGGGAGUAAAUUUAGAGCAGUGUAAUUGGCAUUGGUCAGAUCGCCAUUAUGUUUUUGUUUUAAAUUAGCCAGAAGGAUUUGGGACUGUGGACACACUAACCCAUUAUUUAGAACAAUGUAACUGGUAAAACAAAGGUAGGUACAAUUGCACACCAUAAACGAUGUUCUUGCCCUUAUUACUGAUGAUUUGGCAGCUUUCAUCAGGGCUGAUUACUUAAUUUAAAUGCAAAUAUGAUUGAAAGUAAUUUAAGUUGCAUGAGUGUAGUUAAAAGCUAUCCAGAAGAUCCUGAAGCAUGUUGAAUAUGUGUUCGUUCUUUUUUAAAACAUACCUUCACAUAGGUAUUUCAGGAGGAGUUGUUAAAAAAAUGCAGCUGCAGCUGCUGAAUGAUUCUGUUUGAUCUGUAAUGCAACACUCUUGGACAAAGAGGUUGACACAUUUCCAGCCUAUUAAAAAUAUUGUGCAAACCUUCAGAGUACAAAAGUGGUGGAAGUUCUCUGUUUAAGUUUUCUUGCGACUUUCUUGAGGACUGACUACUUCACUACCUUGUGGGAAAGUUGUGUGCUAACUUGAAAUGUGCAUGUGCGUAAACAAACAUGCUUUAAAAAUUAUUUAUUUACUUGUACUGUUUCCUUACUUCCCAUCAACUGAAGCCCCCAGUCUUAAAUAGCAUCCCUGGUGCUCAAGGGCAGCAGAUACCUAGCUAUUCCCCAUUGACUAUCUGUGGCUAUUUAUGAUGAGCAGGCAAUUCAGGAUUGAUCUGGCCUCAGGCCUCCUUUUCUAGGGUGUUCUGAAAAGGAUAUCUGUUUAAAAGAAAGAGGAGGGGUUGGUGGCUUUUAAACAGGGGUGUGAGUGGCCCAUUUGGAAUCUGUGCUGUUCCAAACAGGUCUUCUAAAUAAGGCUGGAGGUAACAGAUUUCAGGCUCGCCAAGAACAUAGAAGCUGUUGUGCCGAGGCACAAAGGCCUUUUCUGUUUUGGGUAGCUCUUGGCUGGUUUAUCCUUUCUGCUAAAAUUCACUUAUUCUCUUCUCUUCCUUUUUAAUUUGUAAGAAGUAAUUAUCCUGCCAUCGCGGGAUGGUCAGGGUAAGCUUGGGUUUCUUUUCAGGAACUUUAAUAAGGUGGUGUCAGUGGAAGCCUUGAUUGUCAUCUCAUUCCUGCUACACAGCCACCAUCUGUUUCAGUGGAGCUCCUGUCAGGGUGUUAAGCAAGCCCCAUAGGCAAGAAGGGAGACUGAACAGCGAUAGGGCUUAAUGGAAGUCCCCCACAGGGAAGAAUUCUAUGAAUACAAAUAUUGUGCAAGAUCACAAAGGGAUGAUCAGUAACAGUGCUGCAUAGUUUAUGAUUGCUGUCUGGUCCCACCCAGUUUUUCACAAUGAACAAAUACCCUUCUGAAACACUGCCUUUUAAAGGAGGUUAUAUUGUCGUGCUGUUUUAUUAUAUGACUGUUCUCCGCUGCAUUCAUAAACUUCAAGUCUGUAUAAUCUUAUUUGUCUCAAGCAAGAGCAAUGUUUGCAAGAGUUCCCUGGAGCUUUUCCCCAUUGCAAGAACUUUUCUUUGGCACUUCCAGUCACAUUCUUUUUAGAACAAUGGUGUGGUAUCUUGCAGAAGCUGUCCUUCUUUACAUGACCCUGACUGGCCCAGGCCAAACGGGAAUGAGCAAUUAGUAGCCAUCAUUCUUUGGAAAUUAUCUCUUUUAGUUUGUGGAAGAAUGAAUACUAAUAAUAACCAGGACAUCUUUUAGUUGUGGAAAGUUCGUAAGCAAAUGCUCACCAGCUUGAAGGAACAGUGCAUAAUCUUCCCUUCUGAAUUCAUUUUGGAAUUCAAAGAGGCAAAAAGAUCCUACAGAACUCCUUGCCAUAGUAUUAAUUAUGACAAAAUGUUAUCUGUGUAGAUUUCUAUUACUAUGGCCGUAUCCCAGGCACCUUCAUGGCUUUGAUCUGUCCCUGUGUGCAGUGGUGGAUCUUGGGGUCUUAAAUUUCAGCGGUGCCCUGUACAGCACCAAAAUUCAGCGCCCCUCCGCCUGUCGCACUCCAUUCUAAAUCAUAAUUGUGGCAUCCCUGGUGGUGGCCCCAAGGCUCUGCAUCCAGUAUGACUGAACCAGUUGCACUCCCCUAAAUCUGCCUCUCCUGCGUGGAUGCCGUCAGUGAUGUCUUUUCACCAUUUUAUGGGUGCCCUGCCUCCCAGCUGAGAAGGACCCCUAUAAUUUCCCUCACCCUUAUGGAUUCUAUAUACAAAUAUUGUUAAGUAUACUAACAGAAGAUGGCACAGGAAAUGAUCCCAUAGUGCUGUGAGUAACCACUUAAAUCACACUCACAGUGCAUGCUAUGCUGUGUAAGGUCAUAAUCAGUGCAGUCUUACUAUGCUAUUAUGUAUAAGUCAUUAUUCUGUCAGUAAAACCUACCUUUGUAUUUCCUCCCUUUUUUACCAUAUAGUAACAGGAUUUUAGUUUUCUCUUGUAAUCCUCAAUAUUUCAAGAAUUGCCAGUUUGGUGGCAGAUCAUGUGCUUUGCAUGCAGAAGAUUACAGAUUCAGUCUUCAGGAAUGACUGAGAAAGACCCUAUCUGAAUCCCUAGAGAGCUGCCUUGAGUGUAGACAGUACUAAAUUAGAUAGGCCAGUGGUCUGAUAUAAGGAAGUUUCCUGCUAGUUUGUUACUAGCUAUAUUGAAGCAUAUUCAAAGCAUGAUCUGGGAAUAAUAUUGCUCAAAUAUUGGCUCAGCCAUAAGCAAAACUGAGGAGUCAAGGGCAAGUCACUGUUAAGUCAAGCUACUACAGGUGGUGAUCAUUUUGCACAGGGGUUCUGCUCCUGGCCCCUACACACGUCCGCAGAACAUAUAUAACCAUGCCAACCCACCCCACCCCGUUCUGUUCUGCCCCUUUCCAGGUCCAAAAGGACCCGCAUGUUGGCAAUUGCGCAUCAACUGGAUGUACCUAAAAUUGUUGCUGCCUGUAUAAGCCCUUGGCCAUGUGCAAUUUGAGGAUGCCAGACUAUCCUGCAUGGCUACUCUAGGGAUUGCACUCUACACUGAUAGUGCAAUCCUAGUCGUGUCUAUUCACAAAUAAGUUCUGCUAUAUCAAAGAGUGAGGCUGGGACUGUAGCCUAAAGAAUUUAACUCUCUUUCAGUCACUGCUAGCUCUUCAGUCUUUAAGAAAUCAGAGUCUUAUCUCUUGAGUCCUUCUUUCUGUUUCAUGUUAAAAGUGUGUUAUCAGCAGCACUUAAUGAAAACACUGACCAGCAUUAUUCACUGUUUUUCCAUUCCUAAUACCUUUUGCAUGCAGUCUUUUAGGCAGCUGUUUAUAUGUUUUAUAGUAGCACUGUCUAAUCCACAUUUCACUUCAGCAACAACAACUUGUACCGGGUCUACCUUAAAAGUACAACAAAAUUAAUUGCAUUUCCUUAAUUAGCUGGAACCAAUUCCUUACCAAGAAUGUCUCUGCUGUCUGUAAUAAUAAUUUGUUAAACCAUGUUGAUUUGUGGCAAUUUCCUUUUUCUUCCACAAGGUGUACUCUCAAACUGGUUUGUUCUAAUGUUCCUGGACAUAAAAUUAUGUGAGUGCAUAUUUCAUCCUCAAGUUUAAUGGUGGGCACUAUAGUUGUUUUUUAAUAGGCUGCCAAGGUAACAUCAGUUCUCAAAUAUGAUAACUAGCUGUUUUAAGAGCUACUCAUCUUUCUCUUCUGUGAUAUGUGCAUAAAUGACAUUGGAAUGUGUAAGUAUAUUUUGUCAUGUUUCCUGGUGCAGGGGUUGGACUAGAUGACCCUAGGGGUCCCUUCCAACUCUACAGUUCUAUGAUUCUAUGUAUGUUUUCCUCUGUCUUUACUACAUCCUGUUUAUUCUUUCUUUCUUUUCUGGUCAGUGUCAUUUUUCUCCUUGUUUAUAAAAGAAAACAUGUUUUGCACUUCUUUUCACCCUUGGUCUUUUCUCCUUGAAUUCAGAAAGGGAAUAUUUUGAUCUAUUCCUCUUUUUUGGAGACUACAAUGUACCCAUCUACCUACACAUAGAGACUAGAAUUCUGGUCUUGGGAUCCACUUUCUGCUCUGGCAUGCUUCUCCUACUCACCUGAGGGGUGGGAGAUCCUGAGUUUGCUGUUGCUGGCUGGAUGAUUUCCCUCCCCCUGCCUGCAUAGAGAAUUUACAUGUAUAGACUUUCUUCUCACAUGCAGACUGCAUAUUUUUGACGUUGUUCCGACCUCAUGUACUUCCCAGUUUCUGGUCAUUAGGAAUAAUUUCUUUCAGGACCUUCCAGACUCAUGAUCUAGUUUCCUUUUAUUCCUUUCUGCUUCUGUCACUGUCUUUAUCUUUUUCUGGCUACUCUUGAUUCUGUUUCUUCAAGUUUUGACUCAUUUUCUUCUCCUUUCAUCUUGUUACUUGUGGCUCAUCUGGCUUUCUGGGAAACUGACUUUCUGUGAAACUGUCUCCAAACUGUUGCAACUAUUACUUAGGACACCAUAUAACAAGAAUGACCAGGAGGGAAGCUGGACUUUGCAUAUUGAAAGCUGCAGGUCUAGAAUUUCACCCCACCCAACACUCCAAUGGCACUGCUUGGGGGGGUGUGAAGCUUUUGGUGGUGAAGUAAGAACUUUGUAAGUUCUGACAACGAGUUUGAUCACAUCAGUCCAGCUCGUGUUUGGUUCCUUUCACAUUAUAUACCUGUUUUAAUGCUUUCCCAAGCAAUCCCAGUCCCAUUUUUAAAAAACUUUGUUUUAUGUCUUAGUAUUCAUUGUCACCCAGUUCACUUUGUGCUUUAACAGGGAUUUGGGCAAAGAUAUCCCUGGCCCCAGAUAUACCAUAGUGGCUCUCUUCUGGUUCUCCUACUGCAUUUUUUAAAUGGUUCCUUCUGUAUAAGCUUGACUAUCGUGGAAGUUAAAGUGAAAAGUUAUGUAUCGAAUAUCAUUUAUAAAAGUGAACUUCACCUAUUAUUAUUAUUUUAUUUUAUUGAAUUUAUAUACCGCUCAUACCUGUAGGUCUCAGGACGGUUACACAGAGCCCUCUAUUUUGAACUUGUAUCUCUUUUUCGGCAGAGUGUGUGUCAAACCACAUGUUAAUUUAAUAAUAUUUUUAAAAGGCUUUUUAAUUCACCCUCUUUCUUUUUAAUGUAAAGCAGCCACUGGCCCCCAGUAUGGUGUUGAUUAAAAUCAGAACACUUGGCACCAAUUUCCUCCCCCAACUGCCUCUUUGCUCCUGAAAGUACCAUUUCAUAGAAUCAUAGAAUCAUAGAGUUGGAAGAGACCACAAGGGCCAUCGAGUCCAACCCCCUGCCAAGCAGGAAACACCAUCAGAGCACUCCUGACAUAUGGUUGUCAAGCCUCUGCUUAAAGACCUCCAAAGAAGGAGACUCCACCACACUCCUUGGCAGCAAAUUCCACUGUCAAACAGCUCUUACUGUCAGGAAGUUCUUCCUAAUGUUUAGGUGGAAUCUUCUUUCUUGUAGUUUGGAUCCAUUGCUCCGUGUCCGCUUCUCUGGAGCAGCAGAAAACAACCUUUCUCCCUCCUCUAUGUGACAUCCUUUUAUAUAUUUGAACAUGGCUAUCAUAUCACCCCUUAACCUUCUCUUCUCCAGGCUAAACAUGCCCAGCUCCCUUAGCCGUUCCUCAUAAGGCAUCGUUUCCAGGCGUUUGACCAUUUUGGUUGCCCUCCUCUGGACCCGUUCCAGUUUGUCAGUGUCCUUCUUGAACUGUGGUGCCCAGAACUGGACACAGUACUCCAGGUGAGGUCUGACCAGAGCAGAAUACAGUGGCACUAUUACUUCCCUUGAUCUAGAUGCUAUACUCCUAUUGAUGCAGCCCAGAAUUGCAUUGGCCUUUUUAGCUGCCGCGUCACACUGUUGGCUCAUGUCAAGUUUGUGGUCAACCAAGACUCCUAGAUCCUUUUCACAUGUACUGCUCUCAAGCCAGGUAUCAUUCAUCUUAUAUUGAACUAUAAUGGUUUGCCCAAGUGCAAUCUCAUUACUGUUAAGUUCGUCUUAUUAAUUUGGCCAGUCUCUAUUAUGUCAAGGUAGUUUAAAGACAUGAUCCUGUCUUCUGGUGUAGCUACAGUUCUGCAUUUGUGUCAUCUGUAAACGUCAGAUGCCCUAAAUCUAUCAUCAAGUCGUUGAUAAAGAUGAUGAGUCAGGCUAACACAGGACCUGUGGUAUCCUAGUCACACUUUCCAGGGUUGGAGAAUAUAUGAUGAGUCCAGAUGUUGUUGAACUGCAACGCCCACUACCUCUGACCAUUGGCUAUGUUGAUUGCAGCUGAAUUAAUACCAGGUGACUUCAUUCUGAUUCCUGAUUAAACUAGCCGGUAUCUCUGAGGUGUGGUUUACACAUAGGCAGGGAAUAAUGUUAGAAGUAUGGUUUUUGUUUUCAGCAAUCUUCUUUUUUUUGGCACCCCUUAUCUGUCCCUCUUUAAAAAGAUAUGGAGGAGGGAGAAUAGUUCCACCAUGAAGGUCCCACUGAUUCAUUUCCCAGAGUGAAUCCUACACAGGAAAACAAUGCAAGAGAAGGCAAGAAAGAACAGUCUUAUGUUUAAUGUGGUUAUCUAAUCAGGGGUCACUCAUUAACAACCCAGAAAGUCAGGGAAUAAAGAAUGACCAGUGAUAAAGACCACAGAUUUAAGACUGUAACUGAAACAAAUCAAUCAGUUGUAUGGUGCUUCAUUCAAAGCACAUAAUUUCUUCAUAUGGAAGAUAAUGUUAGAAGAGUUUGGAUUUGAUAUCCCGCCUUUCACUCCCCUUCAGGAGUCUCAAAGCGGCUGACAUUCUUCUUUCUCUUCCUCCCCCGCAACAAACACUCUGUGAGGUGAGUGGGGCUGAGAGACUUCAGAGAAGUGUGACUGGCCCAAGGUCACCCAGCAGCUGCAUGUGGAGGAGCGGGGAAGCGAACCCGGUUCCCCAGAUUACGAGACUACCGCUCUUAACCACUACACCACACUGUUAGUCUGAACUUUGCUCUAUAUCACUACAGUUUGAUUCAAAGUAAGAUAGCAAUAUAGUACUUAUAAGAUUGCUGUUGUAAUUGCAUUGACAAAGCCAUCAAUCAUCCAAACAGAAGAUUUGGCCUCUUUCUAAGUUCCUCUACCCAUCUGAUUCUCAAACAGCACUUCUAAUUUCCACAGCAUAUCCUAAUUUCUAAGUUUUCUAGCAGACUUUGUAUUAUGCAAUGAAGUUUAUGGUUACCCAGCCAGAGGGAAGAGCACAUGAAUAGGAGUUUGAUAGACAGCAGUAUGGAAAGAGGGAGGGAGGGAGCAAUAGUGAGGGGAGGAUUGGUCAAGAACUGGACAAGAAGGAUUUUACAUCAAUUGCAUCACCUAUGUGAGUAGGACAACGUAGGAUGUAGACUAUAGGUAUCCAUAGUCUACUAGGAGGAAAUGUAGUGGUUCUCCUGCUUUUCUAUCAUUUCUUUAUUAAGGUCAUUUUUUUCAAAACCUUUUAACAGUGCUUAAAAUUCCACAUCCAUUGUGUUGCUACUGUUCUUCUCUUUGGCAUUUUACUAGGCUGAUGACAUGAUUAGACCAAAGGCCUAUCUAGAUCAAUAUUCUGUGUGACCAACUUAGCAUUAUGCCUGAACUUGUCUUUGUGGUUUGUUUCCCGCAGACAAACCACAGAUGGUUACAGCCCAUGGUUUGUCCAGAGUAAGACAGAUCACGAGCCCCAGGUUGAAGAGAACACAGCCCUGGGUAGCGCAGCAGCAGCAGCACCAGGACCAGAGAAGUCAUGCUGUAGCUUCAGUCUUCACUCACAGAACCUGUACUUUCGCUCAGUCAUGCUAAGCCGAACUAAAAAUCUUGAUGCUGGAUUUGUUAUUGCUGAACUCUUUUGCAUCUUUUAACAUGAAAAAUCAAGAUCCACUAUGUGUUAAAGAGUAGCCACUUCUUUUUAAAAAUGUAAAAGCAUUGUCCACUCCAACAGUGGCGAAGCAUUAUUGUCAGUAGGCAGACAUACACAUACACACCCAAUGUUUUCUCUCUUAGUCAUACUUAAAAUGCAAGCUCAGAUUUAAAUGCCUUUCAGGUCCAGCAUGUUGCAGGCUUAGUACCGUAUAUAUCUUACUAUGCCAUGUGAGUUGGAGUUUGCUGUUGAACCCAAACUGAAUGAAAGAUUUGACAGUGUCCAAGGCUGCAUGGUUUUCUGUAUGGUGGACCAAACAAGUUUGUGGCAGCAACACAACAUUUGGGGAGUGCUUAAGCACAGAACACAAUCCUUUUAAAAGUCUUUGGAAACCCCAUUUUUAUCCUGCAUAGCCCUGUGACUUGCAGAAUCAUGGUCAUUCAGCUUUUUCCCACCUCCUGCUGCUGCUGCUGCUGCUGCUGCUGCUGCUGCUGCUGCUGCUGCUGCUGCUUCUUCAUUUCUAUACAACUCUUCAUCUAAGGAUCACAGGAAUUACAAUAUAACACAAAAACACAUACCACAGUAGCAAAAGCAAUAACCCUCCUCACACACAGUUUAAAAGGCCAUAGAUUUUUUAAUCAGCCAAAGGCUUGAGAGAAGAGGAAUGUUUUUUCCUGGCACCUAAAGACAAAAGUGCCAGGGGAGCCUCCUAAUCCUCAUGUGUUCUGUUGGUCUUUCCCUGGUUGCCUGCUUGCCACCACCGAUGUGAGGAAACUCCAGCCAAGGUCCAUUGCACAGCCAAGUCCUUUACUCACGAGCAAUGAUGAGUGACACCUGGGAACUCUCUAAAAGCAAAGUUUUAUUUCUUGCCCAAGCAGGAAAGGUUACAGCAAGCAACCAGGAAAGCGAUCAGAGGGUGGAACCUCAAUCUCUGUUUACACUCUCCUUUUAUCAUCAUAUAUAGGCAAGACACCCAGUGAUAUGGUCUUACUGCUAGCUUAACCACAGAUGCCAUUUUCCUCUUCAUAGAAUGUUAUGCCCUGGCAUGCUUCUAUAAUUUUCCUUUAUAUCUUUUCCUGUUCUUUGCUAUUUUUCUGUUCUUCUCUUAAGCUUGCAUUUCAGCAUGAUUACUGAAAUCCAAGUGGGAACUGUUUGGCUCAAGAUGGCAUUAGUCUUCCUUCAGUUAUAACACCAUGUUCAUGAGGUAAGCUCUGAAACUGGGCCUGAAAGCUCAGCAGAAGCCACAGAAGAGCACGUGACUUACAGUUCUGCUCUUGCAGAUUCUCUAGUUAUGUGUGAAGCAGAAUGCACACCCUGUUCUUGACUUAGGAGAUCCAGAAUUUCAAAGAGAGCAUGUCACUUGCCACAGGCAAAAUCUGUGAACACUACUUGGUAAGCAGAUCAGUUUCCAAUUUUCUACUUACUUACAAUGUUCUAUCCUGUGACUCAAAUCUUUUGCUAGGUGUUUCCUUGCCUUCUUGAAACAUCAGACCACCUGCUCUUUCACAUGCUGCUGUAAAAAUCACAUUCCCCCUCCCCCAUGAAGUAUUCUUCUAUGAGCAGACACCCAUUUUAUUUCUUACAGGAUGUACCUUGGGGUCCUUACUCCUGUCUGUGCCUUGACAUUGCUGGGAGAUUACAAGGAAGGCCAAAUUAGAUUGGCGUCUCUGUGUUUCAUCUUUGUCAUCAGAAUUAAACCCAAAGUAUGCAGAAUGUGGUAGUGAAGUCAGUAUAAAUUAGCAGGGUGGGGGGGCAUUAAUAUAGCCAGGUUGCUUUUUAUGUGCUGUAGCAACAGUUGAGUCUUUCAUCAAUCUCUCUUUACCUUGCUAGCAGGGAGUUGAACAGUGUGGACUUCAUGGCACUAACUCCAGCCAAGACCGUUAACCAGGACUUUGUUCAUCAUUUACAGGUUUCUGCCUGGAAAAUUGACACAGUGGUCUCUUCAGGAUGUUGGCUGGGGCGAAACAAAGGUGAACCCUGAUUGCUGUUCAGGAAGAAAGAAGGAGGAAGGGGCAGUGGGGUGUAAAAAGAGGUCAAACUUCAACGUGUUAGUCAGUUUCUGUAAUUAAACCUUAUACAUCCCAAGUCUGAAAGUUGUACCAUAAUUCACUGCAUAAUUGUCACCACCACAUAAUUGCCACACUCUGUUUUUUCGGUCCAAAAAUUGGUUGAGUCGCAUGGUAAAUUCCUUUCCUCCCCCAGCUGCCACCCUGCUCCCCUCGUUCCUCGCCGUCUCAGCCAUAAGCUCCCAGGCCAUCCCUGGGCAUCUGGCAAACGGCCAGGAACUGCUACGGGACUGCUCUGCCUUGCCUGAAGAGCAGCACAAGAACGACGAGGGUUCUGCGUUGGCGGCCCGGGAUACGUCACCCAAGAAGGGAAAGCAGCCGGUGAGCAACCACCUCCAACACCUGUCCAUGACCCCUUUGUCUGCCUCUGCCCCCAGCAGAACCUUCAGGCACCUCUAGGUGCAUAUUGAUCAUCUCCCAGAGGCCAGACAGCAGGUUGGGGUGGGAAACAAAGGACCUGUCACAUGAAAGCGAAGGGAGGGGGAGGUUGGAUCUGAAGCUGUGGAGUGGAGGAUUCUUUAUGGGGUUGCUGAAUAAGCCCUCCCCCAGUCUCCAAAUCAUCUGCCAUGAAAGGGGCGGUGAACGUGAGCGAGAGGGCAGGUGUGGGCUCAGGGACCAGAAGCUGCUCACUGCCACCACCUCUGUGGUCUGGGAUGAAGAUGGCAAGGGUGGAGGAGCAAUAAUCUGAACAGCCAGACAGACCCCCUGGGGCAGAAGCAGCUGCCGGAGGUCUGGCAUGGAACAUGGCGCAGGCGGGGGCCUCAUAUAAUGGUUGCACCCCCUUUUUUGCAUCACAGAUUUAGUGUAAAGUCUGUGGUGAUUAUGUGGUGAAAUACUGUAUUUUUGCCUUUGCUUCUCAGAACUCAGGGCAGCUUCUGCCAGCUUCUUCCAUUCGCACUCUGGCCACAUUUGUUUAGCUUCAGAAAUGGGACUUCAUGGGCUGCUUUCAGAUGUUCUGGUCCUAGAUGUGCAUGGAAUGUAUGUUACCACAGAUAAAUGAGUUGAUGGUAAAAUGAAUGAUGCCCCAUUCUCUGUGCUGAUUGUUUAUUUGCUAUAAACUUCUGCUGGAACUUGAUGAGAAGUGAUCUUUUUCUCAGACUGAUUCAAUAAGAAUAUAAUUAGAGGUUCCAAAGAAUGUAAACUUUCGUUUAAGGUAACAUUAAUGUUUAGCCAAGCACCCAUCUUUUAAGUUAAAGGCUUUCAGAAAACUUUCAUUAUCUCUCUUUCUUUGUAGAUUUUCAGUUUAAAUCACUGUUUAAUUCUGUGGUGUCAAAAGUAAUGCUAGGAUACCUUAAAAAAACCAAUAAUUACAGAUUGAAGAAAUGCACUGUUAGCUGCUUAGUGUCUUAAAAUCAGAAAACUUCAGCCUGUCUCUAAAUAUCCUAGUAUUUUAUUUCCAUGAGAAAUCUCAGAUUUAUGUUUAAUUAGACAAAAGGACUUGGUCUUCUGUGCCAGCUUACAUCCAUCAUUGACCUACUACUUUUACUCAUGGGAGUUAUCCAUUUGCUUGAUUCAGUCUUAACAUGUGAUCAUGCAGCUUAUUGACUUUUGGCCACAACAACUGUUGCAGUUGGAUAUGAAAGGAAACAUAUCAAAGGAAAGGUUGAAAACUAUAUCAGUUAAACAAUUCUAUGUUAGUUUCUCUUCACUGCUUCUAUCCAGUAUAAACUACUGCAGCUACUUUGUGUCUAGGGUUGCAGUCCUUUGGGUUGUAACCAAUGCUGGUCCUACUCAGAGUAGACCCAUUGAAAUAAAUGAACCUAAGCUACUUAAGUUCAUUAAUUUCAACAGGUCUGUUCCAGGACCAGCAUUAGAUCCACCCCAGUGCAGGACCAGCCCACCCAUGAGGCUGGGUGAGGCGGUGGACCUGGCCUCUGAGGAGCAUUUUGCCUCCUCCCCUGCGACCCCUCGCCAUCUGCUCCUCUUUGGCCUCCUUUCACUCAACAGCCCCCCCCCCGCAGUCGCCUCAGGUGAUGACUAAGGGAAGGGGGCUGCCGAGGUCAGCAUUCUUUCUUUUGCCUCUAGCAGCAAAAUGACCUGGCUCAGUCUUGAUCCUUUGUAGGCUUACUAGAGAGCAAAAUCGACUGAACAGAAUUAGGAUUCUGAGUAACUAUUGUCAGGUUGCAUGACUUUCUGUAGUUUUGCGCCUUCACUGGUUUCUCUUUUCUUACCUCCCUCUCCCACAUCACCACAUGUGUUGUAUUUUAAAAUACCAGUCAAAGUUCCCCACCCCCAUCACUUUUGUUGCAUCCUGUGCUCAGACGUCUGUUCCUCUUGAUAUCAAGUUUGUUUCCUCUUUGUCUUUAUUUAAGCAGCUUCUUAAUCUUCUAUUUUCUACUGUCCUUAAUUCAACCGUAAAGCGAAGCAACCUUGAGCCACUCACUACCUGUUUGCCUUGCUCUGUACACAAACUUUAUAUGCUUCCUUGAAUGGCUUGGAGGAAAAGCAGAACAUAAAUGUAAUAAUAAACUUAUCAAAUCAGUUGUUGUUCCUUUUUACUUACUUACCUUCCUCUUUUCCUGUCUGUAAUUUUUAGAUUGUAAACUUGCAGUAGGAGCCCGAAGGUUGUUCAGCCAUUGAUAAUUAGAAUGAUUUUGUAACUAAAAUGUUUAUGAUUUUAGCAGAUAUAAAACAGAACAGAUGAUGUAGCAUACCUUAAGUUUUUCCUAUAAAUUAAUUAGGACUAUGAGAUGACAAAUGUUCCUGAGAGGUCCUAGCAUAAUGUGUAAAGUGGCCAUAUAUAUAUAGAGAGAGAGAAACAACCUAGGCCAAAGAUAGCUAACACGAUUCCCUUCAGUUGUUUUGGACUACAACCCCCAUUAUCCCUGUGUAUUGGCUAUGAUGGCUGGGGCUGAUUGGAUUUGCAGCUCAUAGUAUCUGGACAGCUCCAAGUUGGCUACCCUUGACCCUAGACUGGCCCUGGGCUGGGCAUGCCAAUGGCACAACAGAACUACUAGUGAAUAAGCAUUGCACCUUUAACAUUCCACAGAUUAUCUGUGACACAGAUAAAAAAUGCAGAAUUUAAUUUUUCAUUAGAAUUUAUGUGUACUUUCACUAUUCUAGGAACUUCUGAGAAAUGCAGACAGAAGGCUCUGA